AGGACUGACACCCUCUAACCGCUGGCAUCCGUGUUUAGCUGUGUCUGGCUGUAUAUUGGAGUCAUAAAGCUACUGAUUUGGUGUUUUUGCGAUUUCCAAAUUGGCAUGAGUCAACCCCUGAGAGCGUGCACUGUGUAUCCAAUGGCGACUGACGAGAAAUGACACGUUUUAAUUCCCCGAAAACGGGCCCAUUACAGGUCGGAAGAGAAGAGCCGCGAACCCGCAAGAGCUGCCACUGCGGUACCCCCUCGUGCAAGGCGGUGAUUAUGCGGCCGGGACGGCGUCUGUAACCCGCCUUUAACACACCUCAGGUCGGGCUUUAGGGGCGCAUUCCCUGGAGUCUGUGUGGCGCCGUGUUUUCGGGGCUGCGAUGGAGCCCGGUGGAGCGUCCCCCGACGUCCUCCUGCAGCGUCCCUGGCUUCCCGUGAGUAUCGGCGGCUGCCGGCUCCUCGCUAAGACCUGGUUUGGGGAAACGGCGUACCACAUCCUGCUGACCGACGUGCAGUGUGUGUGGGAGGAGAGGAUGGACUCUGCAGACCUCCAGACCAGAUCUCAGGAGUUGAACCGGCGUCUGCGAGCCCCGGUCCAGGCGUUCUUCUCCCACCUGCGUGAGGUGGUCCAGCCGAGUCUGACAGGAAGUGACCCGCGUCCCGACAACGAGGCUCUGAUGUCCCUGACCCGGCGGGACGACGGAGACAUCCGCAUGAAGCUGAAGAGUGAGCUGGCCGGGCUGCCCUUCUACUGGGAGUUCCACUGCACCCCCGCCCCCGUCACUGUGGUGUGUGUCGGUGUUUGUUUCAGCUGGUGCGCCCCCGCUGGCGAUGAGCCACCUGCUGCCGCCGCAGGUGAGCAGCUCGGAGGACUGCUGAGGAAAGAGACGCAGAGAUCCGACUACAGGGAGAACGGAGCAACACUCAGCAGAGCGCGGCUGCAGACGGACGUCUUUGAGGAGCAGACCUACAGAGAGGACUUCAUGUCGAAGACUCUUCCUUCUGUGCUCUUGAGCCGACGGACGGCACAGCUCGACGCCGCCCACGACGCCUGUACGCCGCGUCGUUGCCCGCGGAAAGGCACGGGAAACGCCAAACUGUCGAGGAGCGCUCUGCUGGGGAGGAACAACCAGCCCACACAACACCAACGAAGAAGAAGAAGAAGCAGUCCCCUCGUCUUCAGUCUCUACCGGUCACGUCCAAAACGGCAGAGCGACCGUCCUCCAAACCAAAGAAGAAGAAAGUCGUGGGACUGUUCAGAUGAGCCGAGCAGUGGGGACGCACACUCGGACCACUGCUGA